AUGACGAGCAACAUGAGAUCAAUCCUCAACCUAGCAAUACUUGCGCUUUGGUCACUUUUCACGGCCAACUCGUUUGUCUUGAAGCCACCCUCGCUUCACACGGGUAGUUCUUCGUCUGUGUUGUCGGCAUCACAAGUGUUAUCAUCUGCCGAUGACAAAAGCGUGCCUGAAAUGGGAAAUGUUGGGUUUGUCUUGUUGGCUGGGGGAACUGGAAGUCGAAUGAAAGCCAGUAUGCCCAAACAAUACCUUCCACUACGAGGAGUACCCGUCUUGCACCACUCUUUAGAUCUCUUCCUCAAUCGAUUGCCAGAAUUCUGCAACGAAAAGGGUGUCGCCCCACCUGAUCACGUGGUUCUAGUUAUGGAUCCCUCUUAUCAACCGGAAUACCAACCUAUCGCUGAUAAGUACCCCGAGGGCAAGUUAUCUUUCGCUAACCCUGGGGUCGAACGUCAAGGUUCCGUCGAGAAUGGAUUGAACAAAUUGGUUGAGGUUUCGGGAGGAAAGGUCACUUUUGCCGCCAUCCAUGACAGUGCCAGACCAUUGGUGACCAUUGAAGAAAUCUGCAAUGUAGUUGGAGAUGCGCAAGAAAAUGGUGCUGCAGUGCUCGGAGUUCCUUGUAAGGCUACCAUCAAGGAAAGUGAAGACGGCGCCUUUGUGCAAAGGACCAUCCCUCGUGCUCGUCUCUGGGAGGUCCACACUCCUCAAGUAGUCAACAUUGAUACUCUGUUAAGGGGUUUCAGGAAAGUGGAGGAAGAAAACUUGGAAGUUACUGACGAUGUCUCCAUCGUCGAAGCCUUGGGAGAGCCUGUCAAACUUACCAGAGGAGAGUACACCAAUCUCAAAAUCACAACACCCGAAGAUAUGGAUGUGGCAGAAGCCAUACUGGAGGAGCGCAAGAGCAGUCCUGUUAACAUGCUAGCCUAA